CUUGCUUCUGCUCGUUCUGCUACUGGUGCUCUCAGCUCUACUCGUGUUCUUUGCUUCUUCCACAGUUAACGCUGCGAACAGCCUGACCUGCAGAUUCCUUGCUGCUAAAGCUCGGCUGACAAGGAGUAAAGCAUCCGUUGCUAAGGAAUAAGUUGUUCUUGAUCACGAUAGUGUGUAAACUCCUAGACCGUCCUGUCUGGUUCUAGUCUUCUAGCCGUAAACAUGCAAUCCGAUUGGCGUUCUCCGCCGCUCGCGGUGUCUUACCCGGAAGUCCCUCCGAUGCCGUCACCCGCUCAGUACACUCCGUCCUACACCCCUAAUUACUCCUCGUAUCCUCAACCUCCCGCGCAAUCCACGGACAACAACGCUCCCAUGUACAUGCAACAACCGCCCCCGCCGCCGCAACCGCAACUGCUCCCCCAAUCUGCGCCAUACUCCCACCAAAGCUCCGCGUACCCGCAGUUCCCCGCCGCGCCAGCACCUCCCCCGCAGUUCCCGCAGAGCCACGUGGACGACUACGAGUCCAGCGUCGACGUCGUAGCGUACGAUGCGGGCGGCGCGGAACCGUACGGCGCGAGAGGAACCGGCAGCGGUGCGUACUGGAGCGACGCGCCGCAGUCCUUCGGCGGCGGAGGAAACAUUGGGAAUAGCGCGGGGGGGAGCGGGCCGAUCAGCAGCCCGCUAGUGGAUAUCCAGAUGCCGUCGCUGUCGGCGGGGUCGCGGGGAGGGGGAGGGGGGGAGGCGCAGGUGGUGGUGGGGAAGGACGGCGUGCAGAGCUUCGCCGUGACGCUACUGCCGGAGCCGGGAUCGUCGUCGUCGCCCUCGCAGGUGGUCUGUAAGAUCGGCUUGGACGGCAUGCGGCUGCAGGAGCCGGGCAGUGGCCGCCUCAUGCGCAUCUACCCGCUCGAGAACAUCACCAGCUGGGAGGUGAAGGAGCCUGGCGUGUUCACGUUCUGGGUGCGCACGGCCGUGGACGUGAGUCAGCGGCCAGUGCGGCUGCGCUCCAACGACCGCACCACGUCGCUGCUGCUCGACACGCUCACCGCCGCAUGCAUCCAGGUAUUUGAAAUGGUGGGUCGAGACAAGGCAGCAGCCGACAAGCCGUCUGCCGCCAAACCCUCCUCCGCCCCUUCCUCCACCGCUGCUGCUGCUGCCGCGCCUGCUGCUGGCGCUGCGGCUGGCGCUGCCGGUGCUGGCCCCGGCGCGACCGUGAUGGGGUGGCUCACUCGCCCGCGCUUGCCUGCUGCCGACGAGCGCGUGCACUGGGUGCCAGAUGAAGAGGUGCCCAAGUGUGCUGACUGCUCUGCUGACUUCGGCACAUUCAACCGCAGGCACCACUGUCGCAACUGCGGCAACAUCUUCUGUGACAAGUGCACCAGGGGCCGCACGCCCCUCUCCUCCGAACCUGAUGCUGCCCCUGUCCGCGUCUGCGAUUCCUGCCUGGCGGAGGUGACCCAACGGCUGACCAACGAGAGGGAGCUAGAAGCCGAGGGCUCCUUCAAAUACCCCUCCUCCACCCCUUCAGCAGCAGCAACAGGAGGAGGGGGUGGCGGUGGCAGCAGCAGCAGCGGUGCGGGAGGGGCGGGCAAGUCAGGGGCGCGGAGCCACGAGCAGCUGCUGCGUCAACUGCAGCAGGAGAUGGAGCGAAACGCCCCCCUGCCCGUCCGCAACCACUCCUCCUCCCGCCGCCACUCGUCCUCCUCCUCGUCGUCCCAUCGCUCCUUCUCUGCUCGCUAUGGUGACUCCGGAAGUGCUCCCAGCGGCGGCAGUGCGUUCGCCUCUGGGGCAGCGGUUGUCAACACGUGCAGCCGCUGCAGUGCGGUCUCGCUCCUUGCGCACCCCGGCGCCCCCUGUCCCACCUGUGGUGCUGCCUCCGCCCCCUCCCCCUCUCCGCCCGCCUCCAGGGGGUAUGGGCCGAGUGCAGGGGAGAUUCCCAGUGGGCCUCCGCAUCUGUGGCCGGGGGAUGGGGGGAUGAUGGGGGGAGGCGGGGGAGGGGGGAUGGGCGGAGGGACGGGUGGGGGAGUGUCGGGAGUGGGGCCACGGAUGCAGCAGGUGGAGUGUCCUACAUGCACAGUGCAUCUUGAGGUGCAGCUGCCGGCAUCGGGAACAGAGACAGUGGAGUGUGGCGUGUGCCAGCACCCGUUCCUCGUGGCCGCUCCGCAGUGACGCGUGCCAUUUGGGAUGGGAUGGGAUGACAGCCAUGGCAGUGCGCGUUCUGCUGAUGCAGCGAUGGGGAUGGAACGCUCCACAGGGAUGUGUGGCAUGCCUUGUGAUGGGAAUGGGAAUUGCCGCUCCACAGGAAUGGUGAGCCGAGGUGUAGACGGGCAGGGAUGGGUGGGUCUCAUUGGUUCGCUCGCAGGGUGCAGGGUUGGAAUGGAUUGGAUGGCAGAUUGGAAACAGCAUGUGCAGAGGGUGUGGAUGGGAUGGGUGGUGAGGAGGGCAUGUGGUUAUGCAAGGAGGGGGUGGGCUAGGGAGAUCAGUUUCUGGACUGCCUUGUCCAUAAAAUACUCAUGGAUAGUAGUCUGGUAGUACCUUCUGACGUGUGAGGAAUCAUGUCAAAGCAGCAGUCUAUGUCCAUGUACAGUGCCCGGAAUUUUGUAACUCCGAAAACAAAAAAACAGAUAGCCCAAAUGGUAUUGGUUGUGAGAAAGUAUGAGCCAAUGUGGGCUUGACGCGAAAUACAUUUGACAGCCUGGCGCUUCGUGUCAAACAUCUGUAUUUGUCAUGUUUGUAUAGACUGUAUAGGGUUACC